GGUGGGUAAAAAGGAGGACGGGGGGGACUUGGGAGGAUCUUCGGCCUGCGGACGACGCCACUGACGAUUACUUCCGCGACAAGUUACGGAUGUCUCCACGUGUCUUCCGCGAGAUCAUUGAGAACUUGUCGCCGAUUCUCCAGCGACGUGUGACGUUCUAUAGGGAGCCGUUGCAACCAGACCAGAUCGUCGCCUACGCGCUGUACAGGUGGGCGUCAGGCAAGACAUACGAGAGCAGCAGCUGCAACUUUGGGAUUGGCAGGGCUUCAGGUUUGGUGGCCGUCCGGGACGUUACUGCUGCGCUGCUUUCGGUGUACAGGGAGAAGGUGGCGUGGCCGACUGGGGUGCGGAAGGCGAUCGUUCUGCGUGCUUUUGCAGACAAGGGUUUCCCGAACUGUCAUGAAUGCAUCGACCGCACCCAUAUCUACGUGGACAAGCUGGCGAAUGCACCUGCAGAAGACUACUACGACCGCAAGAGACGCUUCUCUGUCGUUGCUCAAGUGGUGGUCGACUUGGACUUGCGCAUCCCGGACGUGUUUGUGGGAUAUCCGGGGAGCUGCCACGACGUCCGGAUCAUCCAUCUCUCCACUCUAUGGUCGCGGGCGGCGGCGGGAGAGUUGUUUACAGGGCCUCCUGUGCUGCUAUCGUUCCAAGUGCAGAUGAAUGGUUAUCUGCUGGCCGACAAUGGUUACCCGCCGAGCGAAUGGAUGGUUGUCCCGUUUGGCGGCGUAGCGCAGCAUCCCCUGGAGAGUCGUUUUGACAGCAAGCAGAAGACCGCGAGGGGGGCAGUGGAGAGGGCAUUCGGGAGACUGAAAGGAAUGUGGCGCUUGUUCCUAGGCUCGCACAAGACCAACAUGGAGACCUUGCCCCAGCAGUUCGUGGCCGUCUGCAUCUUGCACAACAUCCUGAUCGACGCCGACAUCCCUUUUGACAAGAACUUGCUGUGGGAGGUUGACGCCAAUGGAGUUCACCGCGCUGGCGGAGCGAAUGAUGCGACGAUGACGGCAGAGGACGCCGCGUGGUGGCAGGAGCUGCGGGCCGCGUUGAUGGAGGAACGUUUGACGGCGGCGGUGGGAGGAAGCAGUGUGCGGAGAGACGACGGGCGCAGUACAUGUGCCAUGCCGUCCAAUUUCCAGUCAACAGUGAGGGACGGAGAGCGGAGAGCGACAGUCAUGCCUCGUAGUGCCAAUUACCAGGGCGCCGCCGCCUGAGGCCUUCGCCUUCUUCGCCUGAUGCCUCCCCCGCUUGACGGCGGUAGCAGCUUUGCCCUGA